AGUGCCGUCAGUUCAGUCACGUUAACGUACGGAAACGUUCGUCGUAUUGCGUUUUUAGAUAAUUUCAUCGCGGGUAGUGAAACGAAUUUAUUUUUUUGUUUAAAUAUAGUGUGUAUGUGAAGUUUCGAGUGAUUUUUUCUAAUCUUCAUUCGUUCAGCCUAUGGAACACAUCGUGACAUUAUGUUGACUUCGCCUAAUCAGUAUUUGAGACCGGAGUAUCUCACGCCGUUACCUACAACGCUCGAUGCUAAGAAGAGCCCUUUAGCUUUGCUCGCCCAAACGUGCAGUCAGAUAGGCGCAGACACCCCGAAUUCCAAACUACUUCAAAGUUCUGAGAAAUCUUCAAAAUCCAAAAACGAUUCUCAAAGAGAUAAGAAUGAACCGACGAACAAAUCAUCGAAAUUAGACGUACUAAGUCCGAGGGAGAAAUCUAAAUCUCCCGAAGAAAGAUCGAAUUCCGUAUCCGGUGCAACAAAUAGAGUACGUACUCCGGUGGCAUCUAAACCGAUAACCAAUGGAAGGUGUUCGAGUAAUUUGAGUAAUUCCCCUAGAGCGUCACCGGCCGAAAGAAAAAGUCCCGCCACCGAAAGUAACGCAGACGGAAGCGCAACUCCUGAAAAAUCUUUAGGAAGAACUACUCCUCAUACGCCAUCUUCAUCAGCUUCAAAAACAGCUUUCACCCCCAACAUAUUAACGUCGUCAUCAGAUCCAGCUAUAAAAGAUCUACCGUUGGGCACUUUUAAACCGGGUGUACCCCCUCCGACGAGUUCUCCGUUUAUAGGAGGAUACCCAUCGUUUCCUCUAUCCAUGGACUUGAUGGCUUCCACGUUAAUGAAUCAACAUCACGCUUUAAAAAACGGCGGACUCGUUCCUUACCUCGGUUACGGUCGAAUCAAAUCGCAAGAUUCGUUAUCUUCGGCGUGUAGAGAUCCUUAUUGUACAGGAUGUAGUGUUAGUUCCCAUUUACUAGGUACUUCGGUGAAAUCUUGUCCUGCCGGAUGUACUCAAUGUGAUCAUUCGAAACCCCCGACGACCGCCAGUUACAUGAGCCACGGUCCGGCAGCUACGGCGUACGCUCACGCGCAACUGGCCGCCCUAGCUGCGGCUUCCCACCUUCCGUACGUGUGUAAUUGGAUAUCAGGCGAUGCGGCUUAUUGCGGAAAAAGAUUUUCCAGUCCCGAAGAACUCCUAACUCAUUUAAGGACUCAUACUAGCGGAGCUAUUUCCGAUAAUAGCUCGGCUUUAUCGAUGCUAGGUUCACCUGGAAUACCUCCGACGCAUCCAUUACUCCACAGAACAUAUCCCACGCCGCCGCUUAGUCCUUUAGCGACGGCGAGAUAUCAUCCUUAUAGUAAACCGUCCUUAUUACCUCCUUCGCUUAGUUCGUCGUCCUUACCUGGAUUUCCUUUGGGGCAUCCAGGGAUUUCCCCUUAUCUUUCUCCUUAUUCUUUGUACGGGCCUAGAUUGGGCGCCACGCCCGGUAUGCAUCAGUAGAUUUUCUCGUGGAGCCAAAUACUUUUUUUAUAUAUAAAUAUAUAAAAAAAAAAGAAAA